AUGUUAUUGAAGAAGUAUUCACAUCUACUGUCGACGUCUGGGAAAUGGUUAAAUGUUUUAUUCGGCUGUCAGAUUGGUAAGCCCACGUCUUGUCAACACUAUUACUACUGUCUGCGGCAUAUACACCACCACCACCACCACCAACAACAACAACGUGUGGGCAGCAGUAAUCAGCCAUCAAAGCCUCGUCAAGGUGUUGAUUCUUGUAUUGAAGCAAUUCGAAAUGUUGGUCUGAUUGCUCACAUUGAUGCUGGUAAAACAACGACUACAGAACGCAUGCUGUACUAUGCCCGACGUACACACUAUUUAGGUGAAGUGGAUGAUGGCGAUACUGUGACUGAUUGCCUACCAGAGGAGCGUGAACGGGGUAUUAGCAUUGUCACUGCAGCCGCUUCUCUGUCAUGGAGAAACCAUACAAUUCACCUGUUGGAUACACCAGGACAUGUGGAUUUCACUUUUGAAGUGGAACGCAGUUUAACUGUUCUAGACAGUGUCGUCAUUAUACUGGAUGCAGUGAAAGGUGUACAAACUCAAACGCAUACAGUUUGUCGCCAGGCUCAUCGUUACAAUCUUCCAUGUGUAGUUUAUAUCAAUAAAAUGGAUCGUCCAUCAGCCAAUGUGGAUGCGUGUUUAUACAGCCUGUCAAAUCAAUUGCCCACAAAAGCUAACUAUGUACCCUUACAUUAUCCAGUUUUCUCACAUCAUUUUGAUGAAAUCAAUGCGCCGUCAUCACCUGUGAACUAUUCUCGUGGUGCUGAUGUUAAAGACAGUACUAAAAGUCGAUUUGUUGGACUUGUAGAUCUGACCACAAUGGAAUUAAAGAACUGGAUUUCAUGCAUUACUCCAGACGACGAAUACAUCUCAACGAAUUUACUCGAAGGGAUAAAUACAACUACCAGCUCGCAUUACUUGCAUAAGCCUAAUCAUCAUUCAAAAUCUCCUAAUGAAUAUAAACUAAACACCACGGAGGUUAUUCAACAAGCCUUGAAUGCACGUAUGCGAUUAUUGUCUGAGCUGGCUGAAAUCGAUGAAGAAUUCGCCAAUGAAUUUCUACAACUUGAUCGGCCAGACUUGUUAAUCCCUUCAGAUAUUGUUCAUAGGAGCUUAAAGAAGGCGGUACGUUCUUCUCGUGUAAUCCCUGUUUUAAUUGGCAGCAGUCGAAACAAUAUCGGGAUUCAACCUCUGUUGGAUUUCAUUGUGGACCAUUUUCCAGAUCCUAGCAGAUGCAAUUUACCAGCACCUGUUGUCAAAGUUUAUGAAGCAUGCAAAUCCCAGUUGCCAAAUACCAACGAUUUAAUGAAAGCAUCACAUAAUAAUGUAGACAAACAUUUAAAUAUUCUCUCUUCCAAAUUACCCAUUAUGCUUGUGUUUAAGAUAUGCUUUGAUCCUUAUCGUGGUCCACUUACUUUGGUUCGUGUCUAUUCUGGAGUGAUUACGCCUGGUUGUCAAAUAACCAAUUGGAGCCGAUAUAAUAAAAAUGGAUAUUUAUCUGAUGAGAAGAUAUUGAAUAUAUUCCAACUAAGUGGAGAUUCUGUAGAAGUGCUCAACAGUGCUGGACCAGGUAGCAUUGUAGCUUUAAGUGGACUUCAGUCAACCUAUACAGGUGACAUUCUUGGUCCUGUAUUGAAUACAUCGAAUAAGGGUAAACAAAUGGAGGUACAAAGCCCUACUGAUGAAGAAGUGACCGACAGUGGAACACCUGGUGAAUCGCUCUCGCUACUUACUGAAGUCUGCGAACCUGUUGUGUAUGCAGCUAUAGAACCUGGUAGUCGAUCUGAAAUACGCGCACUUGAACAUGCUCUCACUUGUAUGCAACGUGAAGACCCUAGCUUUCAUGUGAAAUUUGAUGAAGAAACUGGUCAAUGGACCGUAUCUGGUAUGGGUGAUCUACACCUGGAUGUUAUCCUUGCUAGAUUGAAACGUGAAUAUAAAGUUGGCGUUCGAAUGGGUCCUCUUUUAAUCGCUUACAAAGAGUGUCCAUCAGUUGAUGCUUGCAGUUCCUCUGGUUGGAAUUGUACAGUUGGACUUAUCAAUGGGAGUGAAAAAGCGGUUGGAGUUGAGAUCAUACUUCAACCAAAGAAGUCUCUGCAUUCACUUCAUAAGCCUCAGAUAAUCUUCGAUCAUCAUGGUGACGGGAAAAUUGCACGUUUACGGCACGCUAUCACAGAGGCGUGUUUAUCAGCCUUGGAAGUUAGCGGACCUAUUCUUGGCUCGUCUAUUAUUGGCGUAGACGUUCAUAUUCAUCGGAUUGUAUGCGGUCGUUCAGAACAGAUUGCAGACGGUUUAAAGCAUAUUGAUAAUAAUAAUCUGAAUGAUCUGAGCCUAGACAAGCUGUCGUAUGCACAACUUUCUUCAGCAUCUCUAUUGGCUUUAUUGAAAACAUGUUGUAUUGCCAGUCUGAGAGAUGCUGUCGCCAAGAUGCCCAGUUGGAAUCUUAUGGAACCAAUGAUGGAUGUUGAACUUAAACUUCCUGCUGAAAGAGGUUAUGAGUGUGAAUUGUCAGCCUUUCUCGGUGAUCUCACGAAUAGACGAGGCGAAAUCAAGUCAGUGGAUAAUGCAAACGACUACUUCAAUCGGGGUAAUCAUGAUGAUGAAGAUGACAAGUUCCUCGGUUCCUCGGCAAGAUAUCAUUGUAUACACGCUAUAGCUCCGUUAUCUGAAUUAGCCAACUACUCGGCAACUGUAAGACGUUUGUCGUCUGGCCGAGCGGAGUUGAACCUUCGAUUGGCCAGUUAUCAUCCAGUCAGUGGAGAGUUUCAAGCAAAGCUGAUAAAUCAAAACAAAUGGUCUGGUACAAGCGUUUAG